UAUGCUGGUGAGUGAAAUGUCAGACGCAACUUAAAAUAGAUGAUAAGUAGAAUGAAAACGGAUGUAAUUCUCUAAUCGGUGUUAGUAGUACUUCUGUAGUGUGUGAAUUUCGGUUAGUUUAAAUUGUAAUAGUGACAAAAAAGGAAGAUUUCACAAUGCCUGCCAUAAAGGAUAUAAACAUAGUGAAGAUCGCGGUGGAAAUGGAAGAUCAAGUACCUCAACUUAUAGAAUUUGAUCAAAAACGGCCAUUAGCUGCAAUUAUUCAAGAUUUAUGUACAACCUGGGGAUUGUCAGAUCCUGAUCAGUAUGCUCUUCAAUUUUCUGAUAAUGCUCAUAAUUAUAUUACAGAGAAAAACAGAAAUGAAAUUAAAAAUGGGAGUGUUUUAAGACUUACGUUUUCUUCUACAAAAACUGCUCAAGAAAUUCUAGAAAAGCUUAAUUUCGGGACACAAGAUGAAAAGAAAGUUGUGUUACGCCGACUCGCAAAAUUAUCUGCAGAUUAUACUUUUGCACUUGAGUUUAUUAAUAAACAGGGAUCUAACUUUUUGAUAUCUAUGAUUGAAAGUGGAAACUUUUCCGGUGAAUUAAUGGCACUCACAUUGCAAUCUUUUGUUGAACUGAUGGAUCAUGGUAUUGUUUCAUGGGAUAAUUUGCAGGACAAAUUUAUUGGCAGAGUUGCUAAUCAGGUAAAUUCACAAACUUCAUCUCAAGAUCCUAGGUCACUGCAAGCUUCUCUAGCAAUUUUAGAAUCUCUAGUCUUAAAUAGUUCUGGCAAGUAUCCCCUUGUUGAGCAAGAAGUUACUUUGCCAUAUUUGAUAGUGCAUCUGCAAUCAACCAUUCCUGAAAUUCAACAAAAUGCCAUAGCAUUAAUCAAUGCUUUAUUUCUGAAAGCGGAUAUGAACAAGCGAAAAGCUGUAGCAGCAACUCUGACAUCAAAACAGAUUCGAAAUGUGAUUAUGACACAUAUUAUUCAAAUGCAACAUGUUGGAGCUGAAAUGGCUCAUCAGUUAUAUGUACUCCAAACUCUUCUUUUUAAUCUUUUAGAAGAAAAAAUGAAAAAGAGACUAGAUCCUCAAGAUCCAGAAGCUCGUGAAAAAAUCCUAGAGUUACGCAAAAUUGCUUUUGAUACUGAUACUGAAAUUGUAAACUCUGUUGCUCGUAAAGGAGGUGGAUAUUCAAAAGAUUACAAGAAACUUGGCUUUAAAAAUCAUGUGAAUCCAGCAGAAGAUUUUAUUGAAAUCCCUCCUGGAAUGUUGGCAUUAGACAAUAUGAUUUAUUUUGCUCGUAAUCAUACAGAGUCAUAUACAAAAGUGGUUUUAGAAAAUUCAUGUCGUGCUGAUGAACAUGAAUGCCCAUUUGGUCGAACUAGCAUAGAAUUGACUAAACUUUUAUGUGACAUACUUAAGAUUGGAGAACCUCCUACUGAGCAGGGAAAAACAUUUUACCCAAUGUUUUUUACUCAUGAUCAUCCUUUUGAGGAAUUUUUUUGCAUCUGCAUUGUUCUUAUUAAUAAAACGUGGAAGGAAAUGCGUGCUUCCACUGAAGAUUUUGCAAAAGUAGUUUCUGUUGUGAAAGAACAGAUUACUAGAGCUUUAAAUACUGAUCCUCCUCCUGCAACCUUAGAAAAAUUCAAAUCAAAACUGGCAACCUUAACUUACAAUGAAAUAACAAACCUUUGGCAAAAAGAGCGUUCAAACAGAGAAGAAUGGGAAUCUCAUGCGAAACCAAUUGUGGAAUUACGUGAACAAAUUACUCCUGAAAUUAGAAACCUUAUUCAAAAGCAGAGGCUGCAAUAUUUAUGCGAAGGUACUAUGUUUACUAAAUAUUCUAAUAAAGGUCAACGUAUUAAGGAUAAAUUUUGGUAUUGUCGCCUUUCUCCAAAUCACAAAGUUUUUCAUUUUGGUGAUUGUGAUGAGAAUAGAGGGGUACCUGCUCUGGAAGAAUUGCCUCAUAAAUUGCAAGUUGUUGAGAUAAAAGCAUUAGUAACUGGUAAAGAGUGUCCUCAUAUGAAGGAUGUGAAAAAAACAAAGUCUACUAUGUCUUUGGCAUUUUCGCUUAUUCCUGAUUCGGACCAAGAACCCCUGAAUUUUGUUGUACCAAAUGAAAAGGAAUUUGAUUAUUGGACAGAUGGCAUAAAUGCACUUCUUGGAAAUCAAAUGGUGUCGAAGGAAUAUAAAAGCGAUUUGGAACUUCUUUUGAGUGUGCAAAUUCGGCUACAGUUACUUGAUACAGAAGGUGUUGAUAUACCAGAAAGUCCUCCAGCAAUCCCAAAAGAUCCUCCUAAUUAUGAUUUUUGUUAUGAUUUUAAAUGACUAUAAUUUCAACAAAAUCUAGUUAUCUAUGAAACGUCUUUCUUUUUCCUUGAUUUUAUUUUAGUGUUUAAUGAAAAUAUCAAGUGCUGUAAUAUCUAAUGUGAUAUAGGUAAUUUUCAUCAAUAUAUAAAUAUGAAAUGCAAUUUUUUAAUCCUUAAGAAAUUCAGUUUAAGUAUAGCUGAGAUUUAGAGAAAGUAGUAAUGGAUGAAGUUUUACUGGAAACUUUUAUAAGGUAAGCUGUUUGUACUGAUUACUUCUUUGAGAAAUUUUAUUACUUGCUAAUUAUGGAUAAGUUUCUCUGUAUUUUUGUUUACAUUAAUGUCUAAAUAUUUGUAAUUGACAAUUAGAUUGAACUUGCUUUUAUAUUUGUCAUUUUCGGCAUGAAAAUUGAGAAAUGUGUAAAAUAAAAAAUUACUGAUGAAUGUGAAAAAUGAUUUAAUUCUUUUUUAAGAUUUUCCAAAAUAAAAGGAAAAUGUUAUUUAUUUUAGGAAUUUGUAUGUAAUGUAUAA